CAGAUCCGGAAAAUUAAAGCCUAGACAGCGUAUUUAGCAUCGUAUGCCAACAGACCCCAUGCCUUCGUAUUUCUCACCCGACCUAGACACUAUAGCUGAGAUGAUAACUCCUCUCCUGAGAUCUCUCGAUGUCGCGAUUCUUCUCUAGAAGUAUUAUAUUUCGAUAUUCGUCGCCCUCAUCGGGUUGAGCCGUUGUACCCGUCUCUGUACCCGUCUUUCUCGCGAAUGUAGACUGUCCCCUCACUUCAACUACAUUACGUGACUGCACCGAGGUUGGACAUCCGUCGAGAUUCCGCAGUCGAACUGCCACUUACAUUAUAUGUCGUCACCAACACAUCUAUCCUCCAUUACUACUACCAGCACAAUAACUCUUAACAACAAGACUUAGGAUAUACUAGUUAAGUUCUCGAAAACACCAUUACAAUUCUUAAGCCAUGGCACCUGUUGAGGAUGUGGCACCCCCGCUUUUCGAGCGGUUUCUCGCCAGCGUAUUGAAACCUGCUGGACUUAUUUGCUACUGCUAUUACUAUCUUCUGAUAACCUUUCUACAAUGGCCUUUGCUUGCAUUCCAAGACUUGCAAGCCUUCAGACACCGCGCUUUUUCGAGGGUCUGGGGCAAAGUAGGAGCGGAGUUGUCGCAGCAGCUUGAAGGCAACACGUUCGACAUGCUGAAAACAGCCAGCGGAGUAGUUUUGGAUGUUGGGCCAGGCACCGGAGAGAUAUUAUGUCGGCUGGAUCCAGCACUCAUAACCAAGGCUUAUGGUGUGGAACCUGCGGUUGACAUGCACCCAGCGCUACAGAAGAACAUCAACAAAGCCGGGCUCGCUGGAAAAUACGAGAUUGUUUCCUGUGGUGCUGAACCUGCAACUCUCAUCCCGGCACUGGAUAAGCUAGCGCUCCUUAAGACGGAAGGCCGGUCUAACGAGGGUGUCUUCGAUACGAUCCUGUGUAUCAGAGUCCUCUGCAGCGUGUCAAACCAGCAGGAUACUGUCAACGAGCUUUACCGGUUACUGAAACCUGGCGGUCGCCUGAUUGUCUGCGAGCACAUUGCUAGCCCUUGGCCUGGGCGAGCAUCGGUUGUGACAUGGAUCUUGCAAAAGCUCUGGAUCUUAGCGGGGUGGAAUGUUUUAAUGGGUGGGUGUAAACUCAAUAGAGACACUGUCGGCGCCCUUGAGGCAGCUGGUGGAGGAGAUCGAAAGGGCUGGAAGAAGAUUGAUAUUGGGUACUGGGAAACCUGGCACCCCAUACCGUUUGUGGUGGGUGAGCUGGUAAAGAUUUAAUGACUUGGUGAAAAGGACAUAUUCAGCACAAG